ACAACAAUAGCUAGCUAGCUUUUGGCACAAGCAAACCCUAACCUACCAUUACAAGCCCUCAAAGAAUCAUCAUCAUCAUAAUCACAGAUCGGAGAACAAAAGAUCUGAACAGACCAAAGGCCUUGAAGGUCAUUGGUCCCAAGAUGAACGGCGGUCCAUCUGGUUUUAAUAAUGCUCCGAUCACUAGAACUUUCGUUGUUGCGUGUUGUCUGUUUACGAUCCUGUUUGGAAUCCAAGGUCGUUCCAACAAGCUAGGGUUCUCUCAUCAGGAUAUCUGGAAGAAGCUCCAGUUAUGGAAACUGAUUGUUUCAGUUUUUGCAUUUUCAUCUACACCAGAGCUGAUGUUUGGCGCAUAUCUUCUUUACUACUUUCGUGUGUUUGAAAGACAAAUAGGCUCCAACAAAUAUUCUGUGUUCGUCUCGUUCUCUAUAAUCGUUUCUACACUGCUACAACUUUUCGCCCAAGCGUUUCUCAAUGAUCCAGCUUUGAGUAUGCUCACAUCUGGACCCUACGGUCUCAUAUUCUCCUCCUUCGUACCAUUCUUUUUCGACAUUCCAGUUUCAACACGAUUCCGUGUAUCCAGCGUGUCUUUCUCCGACAAAUCUUUUAUUUAUUUAGCUGGUCUUCAGCUUCUAUUGUCAUCCUGGAAAAGAUCCUUAAUACCAGGCCUAUGUGGCAUCCUUGCUGGUUCUCUAUAUCGUUCAAAUGUGCUACGCAUCCGUAGGCUUAAGUUCCCAGAGUUCAUAUCCUCUUUCUUCUCAAGGCUUUCUUUUCCGUCUGUCGGUAGUACAUCAUCUGCUCCACCGCCUAGAAAUCCACCAUCGUUUGCCGCUCGUCAAGUGGAGGGUAAUUAUGGUGGUAGUCCGAUAUCAUCCGCCCCUGAACCGCCUGAAGAUUCAAUUGCAACACUGGUUUCAAUGGGGUUCGAUAGAAACUCAGCCAGACAAGCCCUUGUUCAUGCCAGAAACGACAUCAAUGCUGCCACUAAUAUUCUUCUGGAGGCACAGGCUCAUUGACUUAUGCCCCAUUUUUGAGUUUAAUGACGAAAGUUUCAUGCUAAGCUUAGUUUUAAUUUGUUGUGUUUUCUUUUAUUUGGUAGAGCUGGAUAUAUGUGUAUACUCAGAAGAACUUUUAGGGUUAAUUAAUGGAGACUAAAUCAUCUGGUUUGAUGAACGUAUUAAGAUGUAUAGUUGCAUUGCAUGCUAAACAUCUCUAAGCAACAUGUUCCCAUUUUUCAAGUAAUCUUAAAUCUUCAAUCAUGGUGUUGGUUA